GAUUUACACGGCCGUUCUACUCUUCCUCACCCAACGGGUUGCGAUGUCAAGAAUGCUAGCACGCCGUCAGAAAUUGACUGUCAUUCAUGAUAUCUCUGGUGCAUGGGCUGGCCUCGGCUCUGCACUCAGUAGUAUCUGGCGACAAAUCAAGAUCCCUGCUUCAUGGUGGGCUGUUUCUGCUGUGACUGCCUACCUUGCAAGCAUUUCCGUGCUACACAUUACCUCCUCCACUCUGCUACAAUUCCAAACGUUCAAUACUUCCACGAAGACCCCUGUGCUAACAACGCAAGCAUGGCCAACUGAUUGGGCGAGUUUGAAUACCGUUGUUGCGAACUGGGCACCCAUCGUCGCAUCCUUACCAGUUGUCAGUCAAUUGCCUGGACUGGUUUCUGCAGGGUGGUCCAACAAUACAGUCUACGACGUUCCACAAACAAACUCUACGACAGGAUCCGCAGCUGUGAAUGCAACGACGAUAAGCUCGCGUUGUGGAUUGCUUCCAAAUAUCACACACUCGGUGAAUGCUGGCACGGUACAGGUCAGCGGCCCGGAUACUCCCCCUGGUGUUGUCCUUAUGGUUUCUACAUUAUUAGACAUUGAGCCUUCUGUACAACAAGAGGUUGCCGUGCCAGUAACCUGGGAAAUGCGUAAUCAAACGUACCCUUCAGGUGUUCCAUAUGUCGUUGAAGUCUAUUUUGUGCAAUGCUCACUUUCGGCUGUGACCGCCGGUGCUGUGCUUGACAUGCAAACCAACAUUCUGGACAAUCCUUUGUCCGUGUCGGACUCGCAACCAUCAAUGCAGUGGGAAAUUACGCAGUGGUCGCAGUGGACGUCUAAUAGCUGGCAAUCAACGAUUGCUUCCGUUUUGGCUUCCAAUGUCAGUGACGGGUACUCAUUUUACAGUUUUGCUGGAAAUUCCACUAGCCAGCCCUCAAUUGCGGAUGCGUAUAUCAUGUCAUUGUUAGGCUUAAAUCUUGAGGUCGAGUCCUAUAUGCAAGAGUCCCAGGGGGUUGAUCCCGUGUCCAACUUCACAUUGAGCCCAGAUAAGCUAGAGGCUGCCAUUGCGCAGGUGGCUGCACAACUCGUUUGGACAGCGGGGCAAGUUGGCCUAUCUAAUGGAGGAUGUGAAGAAUAUGAUUACGGGGGGUCGGCGGCCUAUAUUGAUGAGCAGAUUAUUUCCCUGCGUCUCAAUAUCAACCUUCUUCCUCUGAUGUUUGCGAUAUCUGCAUCGGUGAUCAUGAUAACAUUGGCUCUACACAUGACAAGAGCAUUUGAUGCACCCAGCGACAGUCAAGUUGUCAUCGCAAAUACAGGUGCACUACAACUCUUGUGGCUGGGUUGUCAUUCAGCCCCUGUCAAUGAAGUCCUGGAUGAUGUGGAGCAUCCGAUGGAGGACGACCUGCGCCGCGUAGGCAUGAUUGACAUUUGUUUUGCAAAGUCAAUAUCCGACGAAACGGAAGAGUUGAGGGGUCCAACCGAUAGUCUCUCUCGGCGACAGUUGUUACGAUAGGAUACGUGGUUUGGUUUGAUACUAUUAGUUACCACCAGUUCGUGACAUUUCGUCCAGUCACACAAAUAUCGCGAAAAGUGGUAUCGCUGAUUUCCAAGUCCGUUCGGCACUAGACAGUAAGGAAGGUAUACCUAUGUACAAAGUGAAGUGAC